CCUCUUCUCUCCUCUCAUCUCCUCUCCCCUCCUCUCCCUUCCUCUCCCUUCCCGCCUCCACCGGCCAGCACCAUGGGGCGCAAACUGGACCCCACCAAGAAGGAGAAGCGCGGGCCGGGCCGGAAGGCCCGAAAGCAGAAGGGAGCCGAGACCGAGCUCCUCCGCUUCCUACCGGCGGCGGAUGACAGCGGGAAGAGGCUAUCCAGCCGCGCCCGGAAAAGGGCAGCCAAGAGGCGAUCGGGGUCUGCUGGGGCCUCUGUGGGGAAGAAACCGGCCCCCAAGCCGGAGGUGGAGUCCAAGAAACCGCCAGCAGGUCCCAUCCAGUCUCCUGUAAAGAAAGGGCUUCAAGUCCCUGGACUCAGCAAGGACAAAUCCCUCCUUGGCCCCGCUCGGGGCAAGAAGCGGCCAGCACCCCCCCAGUCGACCGACAGCGAGGAGGAGGAGGGGAGUGGAAAAGAGGGUUCCGGGGGCAGUGAGGGAGAGGCCUGGGACUCCGCAGACAGCGAUGCCGACAUGGUCGACGACUAUGGGGCAACUUCGGAGGAGGAUGGCGACGAUGAUGAGGAUGAAGAGCUUUUGCCCAUCGAGAAGGCUGCACGGAAGCAGAAGAGCCGGGAGGAAGCAGCCGGGGUCCAGUGGGAUGAGGAGAGCAGUGAGGAAGACGAGGAGGAGGAGGCUGCAGCAGCAGAGGGCAAAGAUGACUCGAGCAUUGAGCAGGAGGCCGAGGACGGUGCAGCCGGGGAUCUGCAGCUGAACCUGGAGGACGAAGAGCGGUUCGUGCUGCCCAGUGCUCAGGAGAUGGCACAGGAGAGUGGCCGGCCGCUGGACCUGCAGCAGGUGCACCAACGCAUCCAGGACACGGUGGAGGUGCUGCGGGACUUCGGGACCCGCCGCCAGGAGGGCCGGGCCCGGGCCGAAUACCUCACCGUGCUGCAGAGAGACCUGGCCAACUACUACUCCUACGGGGACUUCCUGCUCAGCAAACUCAUGGAUCUCUUCCCGCUCUCCGAGCUGGUGGAGUUCCUGGAGGCCAAUGAGGUGCCACGGCCCAUCACCCUCCGUACCAACACCCUGAAAACCCGGCGACGGGACCUGGCGCAGGCCCUGAUCAACCGUGGGGUCAACCUGGACCCUCUGGGCAAGUGGUCCAAGACGGGGCUGGUGGUCUACGACUCCUCCGUGCCCAUCGGUGCCACUCCCGAAUACCUGGCCGGACAUUACAUGCUGCAGGGGGCUUCCAGCAUGCUGCCCAUCAUGGCCCUGGCUCCCCAGGAGAACGAGCAGAUCCUGGAUAUGUGCUGUGCUCCUGGUGGGAAGACAAGCUACAUCGCCCAGCUGAUGAAGAACACGGGUGUGAUCCUGGCCAACGACGCCAACGCCGAGCGGCUCAAGAGCGUGGUGGGCAACUUGCAUCGGCUUGGCGUCACCAACACCAUCGUCAGUCACUAUGAUGGGCGACAGUUCCCCAAGGUCCUGGGUGGCUUUGACCGGGUGCUGUUAGAUGCCCCUUGCAGUGGCACUGGUGUCAUCUCCAAGGACCCAGCCGUGAAGACCGGCAAGGACGAGAAAGACAUCUUGCGCUGCGCCCACCUACAGAAGGAGUUGUUGCUAAGUGCCAUCGACUCAGUCAAUGCCGCCUCCAAGAGCGGGGGGUACCUAGUCUACUGCACCUGCUCCGUCAUGGUGGAGGAGAACGAGUGGGUGGUGGACUACGCCCUGAAGAAGCGGAACGUGCGCCUGGUGCCCACGGGCCUGGAUUUCGGGCGCGAGGGCUUCACCCGCUUCCGGGAGCGACGCUUCCACCCCACCCUCCGGUCCACUCGCCGCUUCUACCCCCACACCCACAACAUGGACGGCUUUUUCAUCGCCAAGUUCAAGAAGUUCUCCAACACCAUUCCCCAGGCCCCGGCAGAAGAGGAUUCAACAGUCCUCGCCUCCGAGACGGAGCUACUGGCUGCACCCGCUGCGGCCAAGGGCACUGUUCCACCCACCUCCGCCUCCAAGAGCCCCGGGAAAGCCACGAUGCCUGGGAAGGUGAAGCCGCUGAAGGCCCCGCAGAAAUCCCUGCAGAAGCCGUCGCAGAAACCGUCGCAGAAGCCCCCGCAGAAACCGUCACAGAAGCCCCCGCAGAAACCCUCGCAGAAGCCCCCGCAGAAGCCCUCGCAGAAGCCCCCGCCAAAGUCGCACUUCCACCAGCAGAACGGCGCCCGCCUGCUGAACGCCAGCCGGCCCCCCCGCAGCAAGAAGCGGAAAGCCUAGGUGGAGGGCGGAGGGUUAUCGAGGCCUCAGACUCUUCAUCCAAUCUGGGGUGCUCUGCCCACCGGGGUCCCGGGCUCCUGCCGAACCCGUAUUAAACUGCCC